AUGAUACUAAUCGUGAUGCUACUGAUAAUAGUGAUGUUCUUAUGCAGUACGAAGUAUUGGCGAGAUGUGCAUAACUAUAUAAACGCAAAUAUAACGAUAACGCACAUCCCUAAGAGAUCGGAAAUGGAAAAUUGGACGAUUGUCGAAGAAACAACGGAAUUUAACGACUUUACGACGAGUGUGUACGAAACGACAACUGAUGUUAACAACGAAGAUUAUUUUGAUUUUAAUGACGUUGAAAAUGGCAAGACGAAGAGAAGCGUGAAAAUCGUAGAAAUAAAAGACUAUAGUGAAGUACCGGAUGAAAAGCAAACAGUCAAUUAUUAUUUCAAUAUCGAUGAAUCUAAAAUAGAUGAGAUGAAUGAUCUGGUCGAUGAGAGUAAGCUGACGACAACAGAUAAGAAAGACGUUGAAAUGGUUCCAGGGAUUCUGUUAAGCACACAAACUUAUUUGGAAAAUAGUGAAUGUGAUUCGUAUUUUGAUUGCCUCGGAUCUUUUUUUGAUAGUUUCUUUGUGGAUGAUAGUAAUUUCAAUGUAACUAAAGGCAGUGGUGUCGUGGUAUCAGGCUUCGAGAAUGUACAUAUUGAAGACGAAAAUUUAAAGAGCAUUUUAAGUGGCGUAUCAAGUUUUCUCAAAGAAGAACUAGGCCGUAAUCACAGUUUUGGACACCCAAUCAACAUUUACAAAAACAUCGACAACAAAACAUCGAUACACGUGAAAACAGUUAUUAUCGAAGAUGCCCUGGAUAAUAUUGAUGAGGAAUAUUUAGCAACAGAGCCUAAAGAUACAAGUGUUGAAGAUGAUUCUUUCCAAUCAGCCAAUACAUUUGUAGGUGAUUCUGUUGAAUCGUAUGUAAGUGAUUAUAUAGAAUCAACUGUAGAUGACGAUGAUAGAUUGAGAAUAACGGAAGGUGAUGACAUUGAUAACGAAUUAAAUAAUUAUAAAACUAAUAAAAAACCAAACAGAGUCCAUGAAAACGAAAUACCGGACAUUUAUUUUGAAACUGAUGAUGAUAUCGAUGACAACAGUACAGACUAUCCCGUAGUUGACUAUAUAGAUCUUUAUAAAGAUACAACAAAUGAAUACAUAGAAAUAAAUCCUACAGAUAAACCAAAUAAUUUUAAUGAGAAGAAUUAUGAAUUUUAUCAAGUUAAAGAUACUGAAACAAUUCAACCUGUGGUAAUCACUUACCAUCAGAUCGACAGAUGCACGACAACGGAAGGUGGUCCUCAACUUAUCUUCCCCUGGAUUGCGGCCAUAUUUAUUAAGAGCGACACAAAUCAGUUCCAGUACUACUGUGAUGGAGCAUUGAUGUCUGAGAAUGUUGUUCUUACUACGGCGCGGUGUCUCAAGUACUCAGGAACGUGGGCGAACUCAGACGACCUGAUUGUUCUGUUGGGAAAAACUUCUCUUCACUCGAUGAAUGAAUACGAAAAAGUUUUUAAGGUAAAGAAUCAUAUAAUACACGAAAACUAUACUAUAGAUGGACCAGAAAACGACAUUGCAAUUAUUAUAUUGGAAGAACCGGUGACUUUUGUUGAUGGAAUACAGCCUGCUUGUAUUGGAUUUGAGGAUUAUGAAGAGUCACUCACUACCGGUUGGGCGCUCGACGGCGACUUGACCCCGAUAUCUUUACACGCGGACGGAAAUGAGAAAUGUAUCGGUUUUAGCGGAAAUAACACGUAUUGCGCUGUUUACGGAAGUGAUAUAGGAGUAUGCCCGAGUUACGGAGGUAUGCAUGUAGCAAGACAUGAGAACCGGUGGCAUCUUCACGGCAUACGGUACGCGGACCCGAGCGACCGCGGCCCCUGCUUCGAUAAUACCGUCAUAUAUACUGAUUUGAAUUCUUAUAUUAAUUGGAUUGUGAAUUAUAUUAAAUAAAUAUAUGUACUUUA